ACCAAGAAAAAGUAUCACGUACUUCGCUCUUUGUUCUGCAGCGUUUAAGACACUUGUCUUUCCAGGGGCUGCUGCCUUCAAUUGACUGACCAGGCAGAUUUAGGAUUGUCCCGAAGACCAAGCCCACCCCUCCAUGCCGGAGCUCCGCUUUCUCACGCGAACUGCAGGAGCAGGGACGCUGCGCUGAGGUGCACGGGCGAUUGUGCAGAAGCCACAAAUAAAACAUACAAAUGGUUCUCAUGAUACUACCCAUUAUCGGCUCAGUCUCUGUGUCUGAGGGGCUGGUGGCCAUGGUAACACUAUGCCUGGUGUACAUGAUCAUGAAGUACAUGCACACAGAGAUCCCAGAGGGACUGAAACGGCUCCCAGGACCAAAGCCCCUGCCCAUCAUCGGGAAUGUGCUGGAGGUGCACAAUAACCCUCACCUCAGCCUGACUGCCAUGAGCGAGCGCUACGGCUCAGUCUUCCAGAUCCAAAUAGGGAUGCGGCCUGUGGUUGUUCUGAGUGGCAAUGAGACAGUCCGCCAGGCUCUUAUCAAGCAAGGGGAAGACUUCGCCGGGAGGCCCGAUCUAUACAGCUUCAAAUUCAUCAACGACGGCAAGAGCUUGGCCUUUAGCACCGACAAGGCUGGGGUGUGGCGCGCCCGCCGCAAGCUAGCUAUGAGCGCUCUCCGCUCUUUCGCCACCCUGGAGGGAUCGACCCCAGAGUACUCCUGUGCCCUGGAGGAGCACGUCUGCAAGGAGGGAGAGUACCUGGUAAAACAGCUGACUUCCGUCAUGGAUGUCAGUGGCAGCUUUGACCCCUUCCGCCAUAUUGUUGUAUCGGUGGCCAACGUCAUCUGUGGAAUGUGCUUCGGCCGGCGCUACAGCCAUGAUGACCAGGAGCUGUUGGGCUUGGUGAACAUGAGUGAUGAGUUUGGGCAGGUGGUGGGCAGCGGCAACCCUGCAGACUUCAUUCCCAUCCUUCGUUACCUACCAAACCGCACCAUGAAGAAGUUUAUGGAUAUCAAUGACCGUUUCAACACCUUUGUGCAGAAGAUUGUCAGUGAGCACUAUGACAGCUAUGACAAGGACAACAUCCGUGACAUCACUGACUCCCUCAUUGACCACUGUGAGGACAGGAAACUAGAUGAGAACGCCAACGUCCAGGUGUCUGAUGAGAAGAUUGUGGGCAUUGUCAAUGAUCUGUUUGGGGCAGGUUUUGACACCAUUAGCACAGCUCUGUCAUGGGCUGUUGUGUACCUUGUGGCUUAUCCAGAGAUCCAGGAAAGACUGCAUCAGGAACUGAAGGAAAAGGUGGGAAUGAUUCGCACUCCCCGUCUCUCAGACAAAAUCAACUUACCUCUGCUGGAAGCCUUCAUCCUGGAGAUCUUCCGGCACUCUUCCUUCCUGCCGUUCACCAUCCCACACUGCACAGUCAAGGAUACAUCGCUCAAUGGCUACUUCAUUCCCAAGGACACCUGUGUCUUCAUCAACCAGUGGCAGGUCAACCAUGACCCGGAGCUGUGGAAGGAGCCUUCUUUAUUCAACCCUGACCGUUUCCUGAGUGCUGAUGGCACAGAACUCAACAAGCUGGAGGGGGAGAAAGUGCUCGUAUUUGGCAUGGGCAAGCGCCGCUGCAUCGGUGAGGCCAUCGGACGCAACGAGGUCUACCUCUUCUUGGCUAUCCUGCUCCAAAGGCUGCGCUUCCAGGAGAAACCUGGGCACCCGCUGGACAUGACCCCAGAGUACGGCCUCACCAUGAAGCACAAGCGCUGUCAGCUGAAGGCUAGCCUGCGGCCAUGGGGGCAGGAGGAGUGAGGGCCAUGGUCACAUUUAUGAUUCUCAACAUCACUAUAACUGAUUUAUAAUUAGCCCUACAUACUUGAUGGCAUGAGCCGAGAUCAGAUAUAAAAGCCAGAGGGUACAUUUUCUCUCUAGGAAAGACUGGGCUUGACACCUCUCUUGAUUCAUAGGAGAAUUAACAGUGAGGGAAAACUGAGUCAAAUUGUACACAAUUUGAAAUCGAUAAAAUUACAAUCUGAAACACGGUUUGUAGAUGGAUUCCAAACAAGUGUUGAAUUGGAUAAAGGACCUUCACAAACUCAUAGAGGUGAUUGGUUUCUAUGACCAGCAUACUACAGGCCCUACUAGAGUUUGUCAGGUGUUUCUUCAGGAGAUAUCAGGAGAGACUAUAGCUGUUUAGCUGCCUUUUUGUCUACAUCAUUGUGUUUUACUUCUCCUCUUGCUUUGAUCACAGCUCAUAUACUGUAUCAGAUCGCUUUAAAGAGGAUGAAUCUAUAAAACAUACACAUAAACCCAUGGUGGGGUGUUAAAGAGCAUUGUUUUUAGUUCCAUUUUUGGGUAGAAUUUUUUGCUACAUAUUUUUUUGUGGCAAAAAUGUUACAACCUACAUGAUAAAGUGCCUGUUCUCGUACUUUUGAGUUAUUGUUCAGGUGGUCAUAGAUCACAGGCAGUUGAAUGGAUGUAUUCUCCCAUUUCUAAGCUAGAUAUUUUUUAUUCCACUGAAUAAAUCAGUAAAACGUGGACACAACACACUGAAGCUAUGUUUGUAUGCCACCAACAUGUGAUUUAUUGUUUGUGUACAUAUUUAAGCCUAGAUGUAUUUUGGAAAGUCCUUUUUUGAAAUGUGCCUAAAAUGUGUAUAUAUUGUGGUGACUUAUUAUGGUGGCUUUGUAUGACUUUAUCAGGAUACUAAAAUACGUAUUAUUGACUGUGUUAUAAAUGUCAACAUUUUAUAAUGUAACGAAGGACUCUUGUAAACUAAAGCCCAAACUGUACACACUAUGCAUUGUGUUGUUGAUAGCUAUCUAGGUAGCUACUGAAAUAAAAGCUGAAAAUGAAAGAAAAUCAA